UGAUCUUGGUGGAAAGAGAUGGGAGACUAAUACAACUUUCUUUAUUCAACAUGAAUCGCCCGAUUUUUGGAAAUCUCCUGAUCAAUUUAUUCUGGAAAAUUUUAAAAAGUCUGACCAUAAAAUUGUCAAGAACACUUACAGUCCUUUCGGAGGUGCUAUAAGAAUUUGUCCGGGAAAAAAUAUGGCUAUGGUAGAAUU